GGCGAGGCGCGGGACGCAUCCAUGUUCCCGGCGAGCACGCCCCACCCGUGCCCGCAUCCUUAUCCGCCGGCCGCCAAAGCCGGGGAUGGCUGGAGGUUCGGAGCCAGGGGCUGCCGACCCGCGCCCCCCUCCUUCCUCCCCGGCUACAGACAGCUCAUGGCCGCGGAGUACUUCGACAGCUAUCAGCGCGCACAGCUCAUGGCCCUGCUGUCGCGGAUGGGUCCCCGGUCCGUCAGCAGCCGCGACGCUGCGGUGCAGGUGAACCCGCGACGCGACGCCUCGGUGCAGUGUUCGCUCGGGCGCCGCACGCUGCAGCCUGCACGGCGCCGAGCCAGCCCCGACGCCCGGCCAGCUUCCUGCCAACCCCGUAGCCCCGCCGGCGCCGGGAGACCCCGGCGAUCCUGGCGGACCGUCGCCCUGUACUCGCCCGUGACCUUCUGUGGCCUCUCCUCCUCGCUGGAGGUUGUGGGAGACAGGCAGACACCCACGAAGGGAGAGGGGAGCCCGGCAUCCGCGGGGACCCGGGAACCAGAGCCGAGAGAGGUGGCGGUAAGGAAAGCGGUCCCCCAGUCCCGAAGCGAGGAGGGCGACGUCCAGGCUGAAGGGCAGGCCGGGUGGGAGCAGCAGCCACCGCGAGAGGACCGGGACAGUGUGGCGGCGAUGCUGUCUGAGCCUGGGAGUGAGGAGCCAUGUCCUGCCGCAGAGAUGGCUCAGGACCCCGGUGACUCGGCUGCUCCUCCUCGAGACCGGGCCUCCCCGCAGAGCACCGAACAGGACAAGGAGCGCCUGCGUUUCCAGUUCUUAGAACAGAAGUAUGGCUACUACCACUGCAAGGACUGCAACAUCCGGUGGGAGAGCGCCUAUGUGUGGUGUGUGCAGGGCACUAGCAAGGUGUACUUCAAACAGUUCUGCCGAGUGUGUGAGAAAUCCUACAACCCUUACCGAGUGGAGGAUAUCACCUGCCAAAGUUGUAAAAGAACUAGAUGUGCCUGCCCAGUCAGACUUCGCCACGUGGACCCUAAACGUCCCCAUCGGCAAGACUUGUGUGGGAGAUGCAAGGACAAACGCCUGUCCUGCGACAGCACCUUCAGCUUCAAAUAUAUCAUUUAGUGAGAGUCAAAAAAUGUUUCUGCUAGAUGGGGCUAAUGGAGAGGACAUGUGAGCUUUCUCCCAUGCCCCUCCCCUUUUCACCUCUCCCUUUUCAAAAUUCUUCAUGAAAGACAGUGUACUUGGAUAUAAAGCCUGUGAAUAAAAGGUUGCAAACAA